GAAACUGAUCCCGAGGUUGUUAAGUCAACAAAUCAAUAUGUCACGGUGGAAAAUCUACGCAAAUACACCAACUACACGGUUUGGGUGAUUGCUUACACCAAAGUGGGCGAUGGAAUGAAGACGAAAUCAUUUUAUUGUCGUACACAUGAAGAUGUUCCUUCUGCACCACAGGCUAUUAAAGCAAUACCAGCCUCCAGCACAAAAAUAAUUGUAUCAUGGCUACCGCCGGAAUUUCCUAAUGGAGACAUUAUCGGUUACACUUUCUAUAUGUCAAUGCUUGAAGGUGGUCGCGAAGAAGGUACCCACAAACGUAUUCUUGGGCCUUUUGUCGAAAUGCAUGAGACGCAGCGGACACAAGAAUCGGCUACAUAUCAGUUUUGGCUUACAGCCGCAACAAAGAUUGGUGAGGGUGAGAAAACUCAGGUUGUGACGGUGCCCCCGAACAACAAAGUUCCCGCACGUAUAGUCUCCUUCAGUCAGCGUAUAAUAAGCCCUUGGAAAGAGCAUAUUGAAUUACCUUGCCGAAAAGUGGGUUCCCCAGCACCUGUGACCAUUUGGAGGCAAGACGGGCACAAUAUGGAUACAAAUGCGCGAAAGGUGAUUGCGAAGAACGGUACUCUCUAUAUACGUGAAUGUCAGGCUAUUGAUGCUGGCAAUUAUACGUGUAGCGUCGAAAACACUUGGGGCAAGGAUGAGAUUGUAUAUAAUAUUGUUAUAAAGGUGCCACCAGACGCACCGAAUCUUACAGUGGUGAAUAGCUAUACAGAUAGCUUACAUCUGGAGUGGAUGGAUAAUAGUCAUGGUGGAAGUCCAAUUCUCGGUUAUGUGAUAAACUAUAAAAGAGAAAAUGGCGAUUGGGAGGAACUGCAAGUAGAUGCCAAAACGAACUCACAUUUAUUAACUAAUUUAUGGUGCGGAACUCGGUAUCAGCUCUACAUAACUGCGUACAAUAAGAUAGGGACAGGAUUGCCAUGUGAUAUCGUCAAUUCGUACACGAAAGGAAAUCCGCCUGUACAGCCGAAACAUUCUCAAAUGAUAACGAACAAUUCAACGAGUGUGACAUGUUGGCUGGACUCAUGGGGCGACGGCGGCUGCGGCAUUUUAUAUUUUAUGAUCGAAUCUCGGAUGUUUGGAAGAUCACAAUGGAAUGUCGUUUCAAACCAUAUUCCUCCGACAGAACGCAUCUAUACGGUUAGUGAUUUAGUUCCUGGUACAAAAUAUCAAUUAAAAGUUGCGUCUCAUAAUAAUGCUGGGUCUACAACGGCAGUAUACAACUUUACUACACUUUCACCACAAGGAGUUAUCUACACAACCGAUCACGCGAAUCCUGUGUCCCAUAUGAGCGAUGGACCCUUUUAUGCGAAUUUUAAAGUGCUACUUCCUGUCUGCCUUUCGAUGUUUCUAUUAUUGGGUAUAAUAGCAGCGGUUUUACUCAUACGCAAAAGAAAAUGGAUUUUAAAACUGGAUAAGCACUUGCAACGUGAGAACCGAAAGUUUUUAAUGUUUGUCGAUAAUUGUCCGGCACACCCAAAGCCGUCCAAAAUAAAUUGAAAUCUAUUGAAUUGGUGUUCUUUCCACCGAAUAUGACAGCCAAAUUAGGGUCGUAAAAGAAGCCUUAAGGCGUAUAGAGGUAAACCAAAAACAGGAUGUUACUCUUAUUGAUUGCAUCAAUCAUAUCUCAGAAGCUUGGGAUAUUGACAUUAGUAAAAAAAAAAAUCGCCAACUGCUUAAAAAAACCUGGAUUUAGUCAGUGUUCUGCAUGGGACGAAGAGGACGACAUACCUUUAAUUUACCUUCGUGGAUUUGAUGAAAUAAAAACUUAAUAAAUGCUGAAUACGAAGAAUGGCUAAGAAUUAGUGAAAUAACUUCCAACGCCGCUCUUCAGGAUUACUGAAAACUCCAAGAGGAAAGUAGAUUUUCUGU